UUAAUUUUUUUGUCACAUAAUCUGAAAUGUUUGAUAAUAUGUACAGCACAUCGAUGUCAUUUUUUACUACCUCCAAAAGAAGGUCAAGUUGCAAAUACCAGAAUAAUAUAGAUACACAACAAACAAUUUUUUGUACAAAGUUUACAUCAAUAAUGUCUAUGAUAGGUAUUGUCAACAACAACCGAAAGUUUCCCGAAAUGAGGAAUUCUUAAUCAACAUUAUCAAAGGUUUUAGCAUUCCAGCUGGCUUACCUUGACAUUUGGUCGACGAAGUGUAAAUCCCAAUCAAUUGUGGUGAUGAAUUCCUUUGGGUUGGCUGUCGUCUUUCUAAAAGAGAGGCGUAUCCAAGUUUAUGACUCGAUGUCGUGAAUGAGACAUUCCGGACCGUCGUCUGAGAAACAAAAGCUGGCUAAAAUAUUGCCUACUUACCUUGAUAUGAUUGAAUUUUUGGGCCAAAAGGUUCGUACUAAUUGGUCGACGAUUGAUGCAUACCGAAAUAAAAUGGUUAAUCCAUUUGAUGUACAAUAUGUUGAAGGAAUUUCUCAACAAACCAUUGGUAGCCUGGAUUGUGAUCCUUUUAUUGCCGCUUACGUCGAGUAUUUGAGUGAUGGAUUACAAGUACCAAAUGAUGGCCUUGAUGCCGGAUUACUCUACAAAAGAUAUGCUGCUCUUUUAUGGAAAUAUGGAGAAGUGAAAGCUCAGAAAUCCUUGAUCUGCGUCAAAAACUUGGGGAACAACUUCAAGAGUAGCUGUGCGUGGCUUAAAAACGUAUCCUUGUUGAAGACAGUUGAUGAGGUAGUUGAUGAUGAACUAGAAGAAGGUGGUCCAGUGGAGGCUGAGAAGUUGGACAACCCUACUGAUGCUUUAGAAAAGAAAAAAGAGAAGGAGAAGGAGGUAGUGGUUACCACUAUUCAAAAACCAUCACCUCCCUUCCCUCAACAAUUAAAGAAAAAACUGAUGAUGUAA